GGGCCUCAAGCCACUGCUGCUGCGCGCUGCAUCCUCACCAGUACUAGAAGCUAGUAAAGCCAUGGCUCCCACUGUUAUGGCCUCCUCGGCCACCUCCGUGGCUCCUUUCCAGGGCCUCAAGUCCACCGCUGGAGUACUCCCCGUGAGCCGCCGCUCCAGCAGGUCCGGAUUCGGCAAGUACGUCAGCAACGGCGGAAGGAUCAGGUGCAUGCAGGUGUGGCCGACUGAGAACAACAAGAAGUUCGAGACCCUGUCGUACCUGCCGCCUCUCUCCACGGAGGACCUCUUGAAGCAGAUCGACUACCUGAUCCGGAACAACUGGGUCCCCUGCCUCGAGUUCAGCAAGGUCGGCUUCGUCUUCCGUGAGAACGCCACUUCUCCCGGGUACUACGAUGGCCGCUACUGGACCAUGUGGAAGCUGCCCAUGUUCGGCUGCACCGACGCCACCCAGGUGUACGCCGAGCUUGAGGAGGCCAAGAAGGCCUAUGCCGACCACUACAUCCGCAUCCUCGGAUUCGACAACGUCAGGCAGGUGCAGUGCGUCAUGUUCCUCGCCUACAAGCCCCCAAGCAGCGAGUAGACCGGCGGCGCCUAAGCUUACCGAUCGCGCGCGGACAGCAGGCCGGCAGCUCGCUUGUGAGUGGCCGUGAAGUGUGUCUACUCGGUUUUGGCAACCUUGAAUCUCUCUGUUUCGUCUUCCUCCAUUGUUUUUGUUUGUUUCCUUUCUUGGUACGUCAUGUGAAUGUUGUGUGUCUGUACGUGUGUGCAUGUAUCAAACGUAGGCUGAGAAGCAUGCAUAUGUGAAUGCUAGCGCCGGCUACACAUAUACUCAUACACAUCGUAACAUAUUGUAAACAAUUCCAUCCACCACCUCUGUCGUCUCUCGUCGUAUAGUUAUAUAUAUCCAUGUAUCUUCUCAUAA